UUUAUUUCCGCAGAUUUCGUCAUUUCUGCUGCCCAUGUGUUUCUGUUUACUGAUAAUAGUACCAACGCUCAAUUUUACUCGGAAUUCAUAAUGAACGUGAUCCAUUGCAACAAGUGUGGAAUCUUCCCUGAAGCUAAGAAAUCAACCAAAUUUUACAUCACCAACUGCGGGCACCUAUUGUGCGAAAGGUGUAAAGGAUCGGACACCUGUUGCAUUUGCAGGAACCAGUGUAACAAGCUUCUUAUCUCGGAGGAGAUGCCUUCUCAUGUUAAGGAUAUGCUGUUCGAAGAUUUAAUGGAUCAGAUGGACCACGUGUACAAGAUACUUCAGUUUCGGACAGACCAUUAUAAGAAAAGAUUAGCACUGGCAUCAGAGAUG